GGACAAGAAACAAACGUGCAAUGCCAGUGCCAAAGGGCCAUGAAAGAUGGUAGUGGCCACAAUAAUGAGGACUAUAGUCAUACAAAAUUUAACAACUAUGCUUGUGCUUGUGUGGUAGCUGCCUCUAUUAUCUCUGCUAUAUUUGGCUACUCUACAGGAGUGAUGGCAGGAGCAUUGUUAUACAUAAAGGAAGAACUACGAAUCAGUGAUCUACAGGUUCAACUGCUAGCAGGAAUCUUGAAUGCAUGUGCAUUACCGGGAUCCUUGCUGGCAGGAAGAAUCUCUGAUAUCAUAGGACGGAGAAACACCAUCAUCCUCUCUUCCAUCAUCUUCUUGUUGGGGUCCAUUUUGAUGGGGUACGGUCCAAACUACUCAGCAUUGAUGGCUGGAAGAUGCACGGCGGGUAUUGGUGCGGGUUUUGCCCUCAUGAUUGCACCAGUUUACAGCGCUGAGAUCUCUUCUCCUUCCUACAGAGGCUUCCUAACCGCUCUCCCUGACGUGUCCAUCAACUUGGGUCUCUUAUUGGGCUAUGUCUCUAACUACUUCUUCGGUCGCUUGCCCCUUCAAAUUGGCUGGAGAACCAUGCUUUUUGUUCCUGCAUUCCCUUCUUUGGCUCUGGCCAUUCUCAUGCUCAAGCUUGUUGAGUCGCCAAGGUGGCUGGUGAUGCAAGGGCGUAUUGGUGAUGCGAGGGAAGUUCUGAUGCGCGUGUCAAACACGAAACAAGAAGCAGAGCAACGGUUGCAAGAGAUAAAAACCGCCGCAGGCAUCGAUCCAAGAAGCACACAAGACAUUGUCCAAGUGCCAAAGAGGAGUCGGAGUGGCGGAGGAGCGCUCCGAGAGCUUCUAUGCAAUCCUUCGCCGCCUGUUCGGCGAAUCCUAAUCGCAGCCACCGGCGUCCAUUUGUUCCAGCAAAUCAUCGGGAUAGAGGCUAUUUUCAUGUACACUCCAAGAAUCUUUGAGAGAACAGGAAUCACUGAUAAGAGCGUGUUGUUACUAGCAACUGUUGGAAUGGGAAUCAGCGAUGCCGUUUUCGUGUUGAUAUCAACAUUCUUGUUGGACAGAGUUGGAAGAAGGAUCUUGUUGCUGGUUAGUUCUGGUGGUGUUGCUGUGUCUCUUCUAGGCUUAGGUGCAUGCAUGAGAAUAGUGGAGCAUUCAGAUGACAAGGUUUCUUGGGCAAUAAGUUUCACCAUUGUAUUCACUUACAUCUAUGUGGCUUUCACUGCAAUAGGCCUUGGACCUGUUACAUGGGUGUAUAGCUCAGAGAUUUUUCCACUCAGGUUGAGAGCACAGGGUCUUGGUGUGGGUGUCACUGUCAACAGGUUCACAAAUGUUGUGGUGGUUACAAGUUUCAUUUCAAUUUAUCAGAAGAUUACAAUGGCUGGGAUUUUCUUUAUGUAUACUGCUAUCACAGCUUUGGCUUGGUGCUUCUAUUAUUCCUUCUUGCCUGAAACCAAAGGUAGGUCUUUAGAGGACAUGGAGAGUAUAUUUGGGAAAACUAAUGACAUCAAUAAUAAUAACCAAGUGAAGCAUGUCAUCAAUGGCUACAACAAUGCAUAG